AUGAGAGGUAGCCAAUGCAUGGCGGCACACUCUAAAUUCAGUCAAAAUCACCACUUUCUUUGAUUUAUUUUAUGUAUUUAUUGAUUGUGAAUGUCUAGGCUAAAUUUUGGUGGAGAAGCAGUUGUGACAGAGAUACAGCUAUAUUGCUCGUAUGAACUUCACUAGUCGCGUUACAAAUUGAUCGAGGCCGGUCUCAUAUCGUGAUCUCGAGUUAUGGGCUCGGAUUUUAGUCGUAAAUGGCACCUAGAGUCUAGUAGGGUUGUAUGGAUAGUAGCUCUAGUGCUUGCCUCUGUUUUAGUAGUUCAAUUUUUCGACAUGCCAUCGCAAGGUCGUGUGCUCUCGUUGUUCCCCUUGGGGUCGUCUCAUUUCAAUUCCUCCGGUCCGUAUGGAGGGAUCAAUGGAGGUGUCGGAUAUGGACAGCAGUCCAACCUCGUGAACCACUCGUUGCCAGUGAAGCAGGAGUCGGGGGAGGGGAGCGUUUCGGAAGAAAAUGCUGUGUUAGAAGACAUGCCGGAUAUCAAACGCACUGAUGAAGAGGAUAGUAUGGUUAGAACUGCUAGCAUCGUGCCAGAAAAGGCGAGCACCUCGUCUGAGAUUAGCCCGUCUGCACCUGCUGAUGUUAGUCCAUCUGUUAUUGCCACAGCUAGUGUUGCACCGGCACCUUAUGAGGCGAUAGACGAGAAGUUUAGUGUCCCAACCUCAAAUAGCUCUGCAGUGUUAGUGUCGGGCGCGGGUGCAAGGAUUGCUCCAAGCCUGACCGCCUCAGAUGUUUCGUCAUCUACUGUUUCAGCUCCAUCCGAAUCAGCCUCUCCUAGGGAAAGUGAUGUAGGUGUUGAACCCGAGGCCUCUAGGAACGAGAGCAACGUGCAGCCCCCGUCAGUAAACAGUCCUCCUCCUCCCACUCCUCCCGUGGAACAGCCCAAGAUCUCUGAGAAUCCCUCUGUAGCAACGAUAUCAGACAUGAAUGAGAUGCUGCUUCGCAGCCGGGCUUCCUCGUUUUCUGAGACUCCAUUGUGGUCCUCAGCUGCUGAUCAAGAGCUAUUAGAAGCAAGGCUCCAAAUCGAGCACGCACCGAUCAUCAGCCACCAUCCGACCCUAUACGCCCCAAUUUAUCGAAAUCUUACAACAUUUGUGAAGAGUUAUGAAAUCAUGGAGCAGAAGCUCAAGGUGUACGUCUACAAGGACGGGGAGAGGCCCGUGUUCCAUAACCCGAGGCUGGGAGGCAUAUACGCCUCCGAGGGAUGGUUCAUGAAACACAUGGAAGCGAGCAGCCAGUUUGUGACUAGCAAUCCGGAUGAAGCUCAUUUGUUCUACUUGCCUUUUAGCUCUCAGCUUCUCGUGGACUACGUCUACGUUAAAGACUCUCAUUCUUUCGACGACAUACUUGCGUUCUUGAAAAACUACGUCUACACAAUCAAGACUCGGCACCCUUUCUGGAACAGAACAGACGGGGCAGAUCAUUUCCUCGCCGGUUGUCAUGAUUGGGCAACGUACGAGACGAAGCACACCAUGUCGAAGUGCAUACGUGCGCUAUGCAACUCGGACAUCAAGGAAGGGUUCCAAUUCGGAAAGGACGUUGCUCUGCCCGAAACAAACGUCCAGUCGCCUCAAAAUCCGAUGAGAGUGACCGGAGGCAGCCCGGCCUCCAAGCGGACCACCCUCGCCUUCUUCGCGGGCAACAUGCACGGCGACGUACGGUCAAUCUUGGUCAAGCACUGGGAGAACAAGGACCCGGAUAUGCAAAUAUCCGGGCCGAUACACAAGGGGUACACGUGGUACAUGCAGAACAGCAAGUACUGCGUGUGCGCCAAGGGGUACGAGGUGAACAGCCCGAGGGUGGUCGAGGCGAUCCUGUAUGGAUGCGUCCCCGUGAUCGUCUCGGACAACUUCGUCCCCCCGUUCUUCGGCGUCCUGAACUGGGAGGCCUUCGCGGUGUUUGUCCUCGAGAGGGACAUCCCGAACCUCAAGAACAUCCUCGUCUCGAUCUCGGAGACGAGGUACGCCGUGAUGCAGCACCGGGUGCGGCAGGUAAGGAAGCAUUUCAUUUGGCAUAAUGCUCCCAAGAGGUAUGACAUCUUUCAUAUGAUACUUCACUCUGUUUGGUACAACAGAGUGUUUCGCGUGCGGCCCGAGUGACCUCUCGUGCGGGCCGCACCGUGCGAUCUAAACUCGUAUCCGGUGGCAUAUUUGUAAUAUUUUAUCGACCUAUCUGACCGUGUGACACGAGA